CGACCGCUAAACAAAUCCCACUGCCACUAAAAAGACCUCCGCCGCAGUAACGGUUCUACCUCCUUCUGGGACACACAUCGUCAUUGUUUGUUUCUCAACUUCCCAUAUCCCAGUCUUUCGCACAGCAAAUUUCGCACCACGUCGCAAACCACCUCCGUCUCGUACCAUCUUCUCGAGCGAAGAUCUGCAUCGCUUAUACGCGAGACAUCGACUGGCAUAUCGCAUUGCUCCGACAUCGUUGGGUGUGCGCGCGCGCUCUGCAUUCUUUUCCACGACUUCGCCGCCGAUUUCCGCUCCGUGCAGGCUCUGCGCGCGACGACAUCUUGCAUAUCAUAACAACGUCCGUACCUAUUCGCAUAAUCGCUUUGAGCCACACAGACAGAUACAAUGGGUAGCUACACCUUUCGCUGGGAGCAUCCCGCUGAAACCGUCUUCGUGACCGGUACCUUUGACAACUGGAGCGGAAACACCCACAAGCUCGACAAGGAAGGCUCUGUUCAUUCUACCACCGUUCAGUUGGAGCCCACCACCGAGAAGAUUCUCUACAAGUUCGUCGCUGACGGCGUCUGGAGACACGAUCCCACUCACAACACAGAAGCCGACGGAACCGGCAACGUGAACAACUUCAUCACAUCGAGCGACAUCAUGCCUUCCACCAUUCACCGCACCGGACCUGGUGCGACCACUACCGCUCUGGCCGGCGAGGUGCCGCUAGAGCAGAAAGUUGCAGAUGAGGUACCAGGCGCCUUCCCAGAGACACCGGCGGCUGUCGAUUCGAGCGCCAAUGCCUUCUCCGUCAACCCCAUUCCUGCAACAGCGGGAGAAGGCAACCCCAUUCAAUUGGCGCCUGGCGAGCCCGUGCCGCACCACAGCACCCUGACCGAUAACACCAUUUCCUCGACCGCUCGCGACGAUGAAGAGUUGAAGCAGGCAGAUCUUGGUUCCCAGACUGUGAGCGCAGCCGUUCUGCCUGCCUUCCCUGGUGCUGGAAACCCUGUCUCGGUUGCUGCAGGAGAACCACUGCCACCACACUCCACUGUGACCGACCACACGCUCACGAGCAACGUCAAGCUUGACAAGGAAUCGUACGACGCACCCGCUGCCGUUCCAUCCUUCACACAAGGUGCCAGCAGCAUCGACCGCGAUGCUGCCACUGCGACCGCCGCUCACGGUCUUGGAACCACCAACAUCAUUCCCGAGUCCAGCAUCGGAACUGGCAACGAUGCGCCGUCAGGACUCCCAACCAUCCACUCCGUCGGCUCUCCUAGCACAACCAACGACCUCGCAGGUCAGCAGCCUAUCGAACCUCGCCAAGAAGCAUAUGUUACCGACAACGCUACUGCCGCACCUCCCAGCUCUACCUCCUCUGGAGGAAUCCUUGGCGCCAUCUCAGGUGGUGUCGCUGGUAUCGGAGCGGCCGCAGCAGGCGCUGCUGUGUACUUGAACGAGAAGAGCAAGGAGACUACUGGCGUGGACGCCAUCUCGAAGCUGCCCGAGUCAACUCAGGCAAACAUCAAAGAUUUGAAGGAGCAGAACGAUGGCACAUCAGGCGCGGCUGCGACGAGCACAUCCACCGCAGUUCCUACUGAGGUGACUGACUCGCAAAAGGUAGCUCAUGUCGACCCCGAAGCCGCCGCCAACCCUGCGGCCGUCUCGGAGAAAAGCGCUGUCGAGAAGGAGCUCCUCGCCAAGGUGCCCACUGCUGACGCGGCUGCUGUGUCCACUACUGGAUCUGCCGCGACCGCGGUCCCUGCUCCAGUCCUCUCGUCGCAGAACAAAGCCCAUGCUGAUCCUGAGGCUGCUGCGAACCCUGUUGCCGUCGGCGAAAAGAGCGCCGUCGAGCAGGAACUCCUCAAGAAGGUCCACACUGCUCAAGAAGCUGGCGAGCCCGCACCCACCGUGACUGCAGCUACUUCGGAAGUCGCUCCGACUAGCACCGCCACUAUCAUCGGUGGUGGCACCCAGACCGUCGCUAGCACUACCCUUGCCACCUCUCCCGAUGCAGCUCCCGCAAUCACUACCACUACCAACACCGCCGCUCCUGUCACCGAGCACGUCGGCAUCGCCCCCAACGUCUCCGCCCACGGUGCCCCUCAACUCGGCCAAGUCGGCCCCAUCGCCCCCAUCGUCCUUGACGCCCCGGCGGCCGCCGACAGCGCCGAUGUUAGCCCUCUGACCACACCCACCGCCUCCACCGCCCAGACCGCUGCUUCCGCUGCCAUGGCCGGCAAGACCACCUCCACACCCCGCCCGCGUACCAGCACGAACAACUCCGGCACGCCUAACAAGCGCCAAAGCAUCAUCGAGCGGUUCCGCGGCACCCCGGAGAAGAAGGACGCCACCAGCCCCCCGCUCGUCGAGGGCGAGGCUUCCACAGACGUCGGCGCGAGCGCUACGAAGAAGAAGGGUUUCUUCAGCAAGAUCAAGGAGAAGUUGUCGAAGUAGAUGUCGAAGGGUUUUCUGCGACAGCCGGGACAGAGGAUGACGAUGGGUUAAUGAUCUUUCUUUGGAAACGAUUUCCUCUGAUGGAACGAGGACGAUGAAUGUCUCUGGGCCUUUUUUAUUCUCGCUGGGAGAUCACAGAGAGUGUGCGGGAUGAGUAGAUGGAACGGCUGUUUUCUUUUUGACGAGAUUAAUACCAUAUUGCUUUCCUUUUCGGAGAUGGAAAUUU